GUUCUACAAAAUUUUGCUAGGUCUGAACUAGCAAUACAAGGCGGCUGUACCAGAAGAUUCUUUGCAACAUCCUCUUAUAAAAGCAAUUGCUAUGAAUUAAGGACCUAUGCUGUUUUGCCAAAUGCAUUUCCUGACUUUGUAAAGCUUACCAAUGAGAUGCUGCAUCUUCGCCUUGCUCAUUCAAAACUCAUUGGGUAUUGGUUGGCUGAUCUUGGUGCCUUGAAUCAGGCAGUUCAUAUCUGGGAAUACGAUAGUUACACUCAUCGCAAGGAAGUACGGGCUAAUUUAGCUGCUGAUCAGACCUGGUUGAGUACUUACCUAAUGAAGAUGUUAAAAAUGUUGGCAUGGCAGGACAAUGCAACUAUGAACCAAGUGCCUUGGUGCUCUAUAGAAUCACAACCAUUUAAAGAAGCAGGUGUUUAUGAACUGAAAGAAAUGUUAAUGAAGCCAGGUGGACCCCAGGUGUGGGGUGAUGCUAUGAAACGGUCAGUAUUAACACAAGCCGAAGCACAUAGUAAACACAAGUAUGGCAAGCUUAUGGGAGCUUGGAGUGGAGACUUUGGCCAAAGCUCUUCAUUUUAUCAAUUGUGGAACUAUGAAAGUCUUGAUCAUCGCCUGAAGCAGAAAGCAGAAAUUGAAAGCCUACCUGAAGUCAGAGAAACAGGUGCAGCAGUUGAGAGGUUUAUGACAGAGCAUGUAACGUCAAAAGCACUUCUUCCAAUGCCGUUUUCUCCUUUAAAGUGAACAUCUUAAUAAAGAUAUACUGCCAGCCAAGAUGACAGUGAGCCUUAUAAUUUCAUAACUAAACUUUAAGUAGGUCAUUAAAAUUAUUCACAUAUGUUAUACAUUCAAGAAAACCAGAUCGGGUGAGAAAUCAGUACCUGUUUCGUCAUCUUUCGUAAGUUGUUUACGUCACGUAAAUACAGUAGCCCAUCUAUUCUGUACCGCAGUGCUUAUGUCUAAGAAAAAUCGCGGCAGGCCGUAAAAGAACCAGUCAUUAAGUUCAAAACAGCAAUAAAUAGCAUGUUUUAGAAAUCGAUCAGGUAAAAAUAAAGAUACACCUCGGUACAAGCCAUUGUAUAAGCUCAGCCUAAUCAUACUGGGCUAGCCUAGCCCUACAGUCAUAGGCUAGACCUAGGUUCAGGUUUAGUUUAGUUAGCUAGGGCCUACCCUCUCUCUCUCUCUCGAAUCCGGGUCGGAUCAAUAUGGCUCUUCUUCCGCAAUGCCAUAGUGCAUUAAGUUUAGGGCUAAGCCAGCUCCACCAAUCAAUACUUUGAAUUUACGUAAGUACGCAACUCAAUAUGCAUGCAUCCUCCUAUUUUAUUCAGGAGAAACAUUUCUCAUGCCAAAAUAGGCUAAGCUUACUGUAUAUAUGCUGUAUUUGCAUGUACAAGAGGGUAACCCUAUCAAUACAACAGGCCCGAAUCCAGUAGGGGAGAGGGAGCGCACAUGGAAGGGGGGUGGGGGGAAUAUGUCCCGUUUUGCCACAAUUUUUUAAAUUUCAGUGCAAUGUUAUGUGCUACUCGCUUAUUUAUUUUAAAACUGUUCUGCCCACCCCCCUCCCCCACCCCCUUUGAUAAAUUCUUGAUCAAACUGCACAACAAUUCCACACAAGGACUAUUCAGCAGAGACACUCAAAACAUUAAAGACAAAGACAUCCUUUAGAAAAUAAAUGACAUGGUAACCAUAACAUCGAUUGC